UUUAAUUUGAUAAAACUCAAUGGGCCCUAUGUCCUUGCAUCAGAAACAGUAGGAUCUCUCUCAAGAUACUACAUGUUUGAUGUCCUAUAUACGUCUGUGUGUCUUCUCCCCCCGCCACCCCUUCUCUGUCUCCCCUCCCCGCCCCCUGCCACCCAUGUCCCCUUUUUGAUCAAUUGUUGGCUUAUAUCAUAAGACAUUUCUCCUCUGAGGGGCACUUGCGGCAGACUGUACGGUGGGUCUUUACUGGAGAUCUCCAGAGUUCUCUUCCUCUCCCUUUGCAUGUGGUGAACUGUGGGUCUCUACUUUGGGAUCUUUUAAAAACUAUUUGGCUGUCAUUCUUAGCCGCCUUUGACCAGCAGGGUUCUCUGAGGCAUAUUAUGCAGGGGAAACCUGCAGCCUGCUCCCUCCUGCCCCCCCUUCUGCUCUUCUGCUUUACCUUCUGCUCUGGCUGCGGUCCCUUCAGCCCAUCUGGGAGCUGCUGCCACUUCUCCUGGACUGGGCUGAGGCCUGGCCAGGGCCGCUACUGCUGCUGACUUCCCCAGAGGAGCAGAGCUGCAGCAGAAGUGGGUGAUCCCAGAAUUGAUUGGCCAUACUGUUGUAACAGUAUUAAUGCUUAUUUCUUUGCACUGGUUCAUCUUCCUCCUUAACUUCCCUGUAGCAACCUGGAAUAUAUAUCGGUACAUCAUGGUGCCAAGUGGGAACAUGGGAGUGUUUGACCCUACAGAGAUCCAUAAUCGAGGGCAACUGAAAUCACAUAUGAAGGAAGCCAUGAUUAAGUUAGGCUUUCACCUGCUUUGUUUCUUCAUGUACCUUUACAGUAUGAUCCUGGCUUUGAUAAAUGACUGAGGAGCUGAAUGGGAACCAUUAGUUGCCAAAUUUUGAAUCAUCACUCCUGUGACCAGUUAUGGAGCCAGAGACACCUUCCAAGCAUACCUAGACCAGUGUUGUCAUGCACUAUAUUUUUUCCUCUUUGAACAAGAAAUAUUUUUGCUGUAUUUUUAA